UCACAGUAGCUCGUUGUCAAGGGGACGCAAUCCCUGAUCUGGGUUAAUAAAAAUUCGAACGGUGUCGCAUUUCAAGAAAUACCGACCGAAGAUUCUCCUUUUGACCAGGGAAUGAAGGGUGACCGAAAAAGACCUGGUUCUCAGAAAAUUGCCUUUAAAUCAUCUUUAUCGUCGUAAACUUCACUUUGAACUAGUCGACUGUCAGACGUGUGAAAUCUAUCGUCAGAACAUGUAAUAUAGCCUUCGCCAGAAAUCGAAAAAGAAAAAAAGGAAGUUUGAUGAUGUAGAAUAUAGAAGAAUGAUUAGUUCACUGCACAGAAAGUAAGUAUCAAGGAUAAUAUUGCGCAUAAAAAGGUAAAUCAGAAUAACAAACAAGAUAGAUAAAUGUCAAAGACCCUUCUCUUAUUUUCUUCCAUUCGAACCAAUCGAGACAUUGCCCUGGAAAUAAAGUUAAAUCCACUUUUAAUCCCUCAGAUAACAUUGGGCGUAGCUUCAAACUAUAGAUAAGUAUGUUAAUUUAUUCGACAUUGAGUCGCGCGAGCAAGAAUCGGUAAAAAAGUGGAGCGACGACGCGUUGACGGUAACGCACACUGACAGAGGGGGCUUUUUGCCAUCCGGAGAAGCAUCGGCCCUGGGAAAAAGACAGAUAAAGCCACUUAAAGUAGCUCCAAGCUGUGGAGGAGGAUCGUGCGCUGACCACUACUAUUUUCAGUCCUUUUUGCCGCUAAUUACGACAACCCUUUAUCGAAAGCCACUUGAGCAUCCCCCACCCUGGUAUUGCUCCGACACUGCGGAUUAAAAGUGCGCCAACGAAUUUUAAAAUAGGACGCUCUUGGAUGAAAUUCGUGGAAGUGUAUUUAUUGAAGACGGAUGCACCCAAUUUUCUUUGACGUUUAAUUAUAGAUUUAAGGCAUGUUCACGAAUAGUUCCAUGAUCCUCUUGUUCUUGAAUUUAGCAAUGUGACACAGAGGCAGUCAUAAUUGGUCGAAACUCUAAUCGUAAUGAAAGUUAAGUUAUCACAUAAGCAGUAUCCACAUUUAUAUAAAUACUAUAAAACCUGUCUAAUACGUUUAAUAUAAAACCACAAUGCUUUGCGAAUAGAUGAAACUUACUUAUUGCAUGGGGAAGAAGAAAAUGAAAUGGCAUGACCAGAGAAAGGGGGAUAAACAAAUAGAACUGAAUGUUAAAUUCAUUUGAAGAAAAAAUCAUUAACAAUUAUUAAGUGUCUUCUAGCAAGUUCUAACAAAUAUUAUCAAUUCAAAAAUAUUUUAUUAUUAUAUUUAAUUAUAUUUUAUUAUAUUUCAAGAUUCCACCACCACCGUCAUCCACUAAGGGAAAAACAAGGAAAACAAAGAAAAGGAAGAUUACUAUAGCGUGUCCAAUAUAUCUCAGAUCCAUGGUAUAUAUCGGAUCCUCUGCGUUCACUAUUUAUAUAAAUCAUGCACUCCGGUGUUGGCUGAUUCCCCGUUCAGUUCAAUUUCUUAAUUGAAUCGAACGAUAUGCGCUGCAUGGGCGUAAACCAGCUCGAGCUCCGCCCUUUGAUUCCUCUCCACAAGCUUCGACUCUCUCCCUCUGGAGUCUGCGUGUACACCCACCAGCGACGUGCUCGAGUACCAAACGGAAUAACCCAGCCACUCGAGGCGACCUCCGAAUUCGGCGUUCUUUUCUCAGUGGCACUUGGACCGCAUCCGGAAACGCAGUGACCUCGUGACCAGUGAAACGCGGCAUCAUUCGUCGCAUCCCUCAUGCCUUCCUUCGGAUAAGAAAUAUUCCAACCGAUUUCUCAAUCGUUUCGGGUUGUUAAGGAAGAGAAAUUACAAGAGUUCUUACAAGAGAAAUUACAUUUUCGUUUAGAUAAUUGGGCUUGGAAAUUUUGUGUAAUCGAAGUUCUCAACGAACGAAAAUUUCGAGGUUUUCAGAAAAUUGUUCGGAGUCGAUUUCAAGAACGAUCUGUUGUAGAAGAACUGCGAUUGAUGGAAGAAUUAAAUCAGGGUUAAAAAGAUUUAAAAAAAUCAGACUCCACUUUGUACGCGAUUGAUUCGCUGAUCGCUAGUGAGAUUUUUAUUGGUGAAGUUAUUGUGACAGUGCGAGGAAAGGAAGUGAAGGAAAAGAAGUUACAAUGAUGCUCGGGGGUUACGAGGCGCAGCCGGAUUAUUAUCCGCAAUGGCAUCAACCCUACAAUUACGUCACGCAAUUACCAUAUGGACCGCUGAACGUGCCCGACGCGGAUAGCCAAUCGACGUACUGGGGCGCGGAUUCCGGGAUCUCUGGGGGUAGUUCUGGCGCCGGAAGUCCCACCGCCUCGACGCCUCCCCUGAUCGAAGAGAUCGGCGUCCAAGAACCAAGCUACUCAUCCCUGCAACAAUAUCCACACCCUUCUAUCAGCCAACACUAUCCCAAUUUGCCUUACCCACCUCAACAAGAUAUUUCACAUCAUCACCUACAUCAUCACCAUCAUCAUCAACAACAAAAUCACAGAAGAGACGGCGAUUAUUCGACAGUUUCUUCGAUGAAUCAAGUUGAUGGAUCGCUUCAACAACAUCUCAGACAAGGAACUAGAGACGGCGGAGUUGUCGUUAGGCCUAAACGAAGGAAUACAGCGAAUAAGAAAGAAAGAAGACGCACACAAAGUAUUAACAAUGCGUUUGCCGAUCUUCGUGACUGUAUACCCAAUGUGCCGGCGGAUACGAAACUGUCGAAGAUUAAAACAUUGAGGUUGGCAGCUUCGUAUAUUGGAUACCUGAUGGCGGUAUUGGAAAGCGACGAAGGAGAAGAGCCGCAGACCUUUCGCGCUGAAAUUUUAUCUAAUGGCAGAAGGAACAAGACGGCUCAGGCAAAUCAGAACGAGUCGUAUUUACACCAGGCAUCAGGCCUCGGGUCUGAGGAAUCAUCGAAAAGCAAAGGCCGAACUGGUUGGCCGCAGCAUAUGUGGGCCCUCGAAUUGAAGCAGGAAUCGCCUACCAACCAGAUGCAAUAAGAUCAUCGAUUCCCGAUCUAUCUAUUUCUGACACUUUAUGGCUUCUGUUCUUCCGUCGUUAUCGAGAAACCGAACAAAUUGAAGUUAGAUCAAUGUUGGUGGCUAGCCAGGAAACUUCGAUUAUUCUCAACUUUUCCUAGACAGCUAUCAAGUAUUUCGUGGAACAUAAAUAGUAAGAAGAAAAAUAUUUGUUACUCUUUCAUUUUACAUCAUCGACGAAAUGUUGCGGUAUAAAAUAAGAUUAAUUUAUUCACAUAGCUGCGAGAUAAGGUUAGUGUAAAAAUUACGCUAAGUAUUGUGUAUGUGUAUGAGUGUAUAUAAGCGGGCGAAAAAUCGAAAUCGUUCUUUUAGUCCCUUUACUUUUCCUUUUCUCUUUCUAAAAGACUUCUUUUAACAGAUUCGCACUUUUGAUGAUUUCUGGAAUUUCUGUUACGAGCAGAACUUGCUAAAUCUCAAUAAAAAAUAGGGCAUUACUUUUAUUUGAACGCAGAAAGCGUCGAUAAGUCUAUUGUAAAAUACAAGCGAUUGUUUGUAAAUACGCGUCUGCGAGUAUAGGUCUGCCUGUAAAUAGGAGUAUCUUAUUUCUUAGUCGAUAAUAAUUUACGUCAACCUCGUUAUCCUUUCACAUUUUAUUCUACGUUAACCUUUAACAUUUUAUUCUUCAUUGAAGGAAAAAUCAAUUCACGAAAUCAAUCGGCGAUCUUACAUACAUAAUAUCAAGUUUGGAUAUCAGAUAUUUCAUCGAAAAUCAAAAUUUCAUACAGUUUUUAUCAGUUAAAGAAUUUAAGUGAUGUCAUUCUUUCGUUAGAUCUAAGCAAGUCAAUUGAUUUAAGAUGCUUGUAAACUUUUGUAUAGAUUAUCUUUAACAAUGUAUAAAAAGUAAAAAGUCACUAGUAAUAAAUAGGGUAUCUAGUAACUUAA